CCUUUUCAGGAUGCGACUUUGGCAAGGCAUUAUUCUCUACCUGUUUCUUUGCAUCGGUGCCUGCUUAGCGAUGCGAAAACAGGGUGUAGCCGUUCGUGGAGUGCUAAAGUGCGGUUCAACUCCUUCGAAUUACAGCAAAGUUCGCAUUGUUGACAUCGAUUACGGACCGGAUCCAGAUGACACAUUGGACGAGAAGAGAACAGACGAGCAUGGUCGUUUCGAAGUUACUGGAACCACACGUGAAUUGACACCGAUUGAUCCUGUAUUGUACAUAUGGCACGAAUGCAGGGAUGAGCAAACGCCCUGCUCUCGCAAACUCAAGUUCAUCAUUCCAAAGAAAUUCAUUCAUAACGGAAAUCCUACUCCUGAGCAAUGGGUCGACAUCGGUGUUAUCAACCUGGAAGGAGCAUUUGACGAAGAAAAACGAGAAUGUGUCAACUAAUAAUGCAUAGUAUAGGUUUUUGCAGCGUCACCAUUGU